AUAAACUGGCAGUAGCCAGCAGUCCCGCGAGUGAGGGGAUACCAAACACUGGGGACUCGUAGAAGUCCUGUUCAGCGUUUGUAUCUCCCGACAAUUGUCAACACCUGAAGGAACACAGAUCGUGAAAAGUAGCCAGUGUAACGAAACAUUUAGCUGGUAACCACGAUCAUGCCGUUCAUCUCCAAGGACUGGAGGAGUCCCGGUGAGGAGUGGGUGAAGACUGUCGAGGGUUGGGAGAAAAAGAAAAUACUGGAGUGCGCUAAUAACAAGACACUGUCAUUGCUGAUACGAACCGAAAAAGAGGGUGACAAACGAGAAAAGGAGAAGGAGAAGAAAAAAGAAAAUGCCGUCCAACCACACUGUCAUAUAACCCUGAAGUGUACCCGCGAGAUCGCGGGUUUCAAUGGACUCAGCGAUGCACUCAAGAGACUCGACUUUCUGUCAGCUGUUCACGAUUGUCGAAGGUUUAACUAUAUUGUUAGGCUGUUGGAUCUAUUGGUCAGCCACACCAUGGGGGGGUUGAGUGGUUGCGCCCAGCGGGUCCUGUUUAAUAUGCUGGAGGAAGUUGCUUUAGAAGUUUCCUUAUCACAACAGCAGACGGGAAAGCUUCGCAGACUGAUUGAACGUGUACGUGCCUUCAGUGCAGGUUGCUGCUGGGGGGGUCGACCCCUUGGCUCAGUCAUACUCUGGGAAAAACACAAAGCUGCACUCGACCGAAUCCUCCACAUUGCGUCUUCCAUCACGAUAACUCAGCCGGAUGAGGAACAGCAUCCACAAUGGGCUGAUUUACCUGCUGAGUGCCGUAGGGAGGUACUCCUGCGUCUCAGUGAUCCCAGGGAUAUCGAGGCGUCUUCAGAGGCUUGUGAACAUCUCGCUGUACUUGCUCAGGAGCAGAGAAUAUGGAGGGAACUUGCACAGUAUCAUUUUACGUCGCAACAGAUUUCUACUACUAUGCAGAAUAAUCCUGGGAAGGAUUGGAAAACUAUUUUUACAUUAGCUCGGAGAUCUUUUGGACUUCGCGAGGACUACGCCGAGAUGAUCCAAUUGUGUAGGAAUUGCCGGUGCCUUUUCUGGCGAUCACUCGGACAUCCUUGCAUUGCUGAUCAGGACCCUGCGUUUCAAGAGAAGCUGGCUGACGUCGACCAAUCCUCCCUUCACGUUCCCAUCCCACCGCAGACUUUCCUGAAAUUUUUCUCACUGUGAGAUGAUUAAAAAUCUGGUCUGUGAACAACUGGGAGAAAAAAAAUACUACAUUUCCGGGAUUUCUAGAGAUCAACUCUAGCGACGAGGAAUGAAAUAAUAGUGAGAUGAUAUAUCGUUUUUUCGUUAGAGAAUCUAAUGUUGAUCGUUGAUGGAGAAUUAUUCAGUCUGUUCCGAGUGAGAGCGGGGCAAAAAAUCUCAGUCCGUUUCUUUAUCGCUCAGGGCAAUCAUCGAGAGAGCAGCUAAACUAUUUCAACGGCUUAAUUUCAAUUUGGAUAUUUUCAUUGUAUAAGAGGGCCCAAAAAUUCAAAAUUCAUUGGUGCAGUGGAGAACCGGGAAAUUCUCAUAACUUCCGAGUGAAAUCGACAUAUCGAUUCCUUCAUUGCUGAAUCAUUUGAAUAAAAGGAGGGGCUAUUCACUCCAUAAUUUACAAUAUUUUACAUCCAAAUUCACAUUAUAAAUUCGAAAUUAAAGCGGUUCCACGCGAUUGCAGACAGAAUUUCAAUAAAUUCUGCUGUCAUGUAACAUUUCGUGACUGCAAUUGACUUCCAAUAAUUCCCGUAAAAAUACGUGCGGUAUUUAGAUGCGGUCGACCUAAUUCCAAAGCUGUGUACACCAAUCACAAAAAAAUUUCCCGUAAAUUGGAAUUCAGGAAAUUCGUAGAUUUUAAACCACUUGUCAAUGGUUUUAGCAGAAGUGAUUAGGUCCUCCGAACAGAAAAUAUUCCGACAUUGAAUAAGAUUUAUAAACUAACUGGUCCUCCACUUGUGAUGAUUUGUCUGGUGCUUAGAAUUCUUUGGUAGCUCAAUCGCAAUUAUUAAGUUUUUAUUUUCUCUCCUUUUUCGAUGAAGUAUAUUAAACGAAGAAUAAACUCGCAACUAACCACAUCUGAAUGAUAAACCUAUGCUGUGUUCUAUUUCGCUUUUUUUCACGAUGAAUAUUUUUUUUUAUUACGUUAUUUUUUCCCGGACUGAACUAGCUUUAUACUUUAUACGUACAUGUACAUAAAUAUAUUUCGCUAUUAUCGUAAGAAUAAAAUUUACUUAAUUGAUCGGUGCGCGGAAAAAAAUUCUCAAGAGAAAUUCUAGUAUUUUUUUCUGUAUAGAAAAGAUCUUAUGGGCCUAUAGGGGGCCAUGUUAGUGUCAUCUUCGAUUAAUCAGAUAAUCGUCGUCUUCCAAAUUAAAUUAUCGAUUUAUAAGAUAAUUCGCAAUUUGCAUAUUCAAUUAAUGAUGAAUUAAUUUAAUUAUUUAUUUUCCAAUUAUUUAGACACGAUUAUGGCUAAAAGGGUCACGAGGUAAAUUAGCUUCCACUACUCUCACCUGGAAAAUUAUUACUAAGAUUAAUUAAUUACGGUUAAUGAGUACUACGAGUUUUCAUAACUAGAUUGGAUUUGCUUUUGAGUGCGAGUGCUAGAAUUUAUCUGAAGAAUUUCUCUCCGUGUGAAGUGAGAAUUUUUCGAAGUGUCAGAAAGAGAGAUGGCCUCAGCAAAAUAACCUGGCCCUUCCCUCCAAUCGAUACGUCCGAAUGAUUAAUCAAUUAAACAGUUAUUCCCGAGUGUCUAAGAAUUAUAAUGUAGUAGGUUUGUGUGAAGAGAUGAAAUACGAAUUAAAUUGUAGGGGAGACAGAGGCAACGGCAGAUAAAAAUUAAAAAAUUAAGCCCCAACGAUUGCAGUUCGUGAAUUCAAACAAUUUUUAGAAACGUGACAUAAAAUAAAUCAUUAGGUAUUAAAUAGUUGUGAUUUUGCUCGGUCUCCCCUGCUUCAGUCAUCAUUUAACGAAUUUUCAAACUAUUUACGAUGAUUGAUUAUUAUGAUUAAGAUUAUCGUAAUUAAUCAAGAUAUUGUAUUCACUUGGUAUUUUCUAUUUCUCGAUAAUUAAUAUUCUGAAUAAGUUAUGAAUAAUUACACAAUUGGUAUAUGCAUAAUUCCUGAUAAUUGAUAUCAUUGAAAUCAAUAUGAAAAAUUAACUGCCAAAGCGAAUGCUAUUGCAUUAACGUGAAUUGACUAUUUGUUAUAAAUACGAUUUGUUGAAUUUCGUUGAUAAACGUUGGAAAAAUACGAAUAAUUUCAUGUUUUUAUACAAUUGAUUUUUAAAAUGUCACUCGAGAGAAAACAUAAAACGAUUGCAUGAAGUGUUCUACUAACCUAGUCAUUACUUAGGGUGAUUUAAAAUCACUGAAAAUUUAUUUAAGGAAUAAUAAGACGAUUCAAUGAACAACCCGAAUUAUAUUAAUCAAAUGGGGUAGCUUAUCAAGAGGAGCAACAUUGGUGUUCCGGAAAACAUCAAAAUCUCAACGAUAUUUUCAGCUGCAGAAGACGGAAUCUAAUUUUAAUCGUUAGACCAAUGUUUAGUGCGAUGUGAUGUGGAGAUGCUUUUAAAUAAAAAUCUAUUUCAAUAUAA